GAAUAUUGCUUCAUUAUGACCUUAUUUAUUUUUCUUCAAUUAUAAUCUGUAAAAUAUAUUGUUGAUUUUGAUACUGAUUUCAUUACUUUGAUGUGCCUUAAUAUAAGUGUUUAUAUUGGUCUCUCGGGCUCUUCAAUCAAGUGUAAAUGUAAUGUGAGGUUCUUAUUUUGAAUUUAACUUCUCCAUGUUUAUUAAUUUUUUUUUUCACGUUUUUCUUAGGAAAUUUUAAAUAAUUGAGGAGCUUGAAUUACCAGGCAUGGACAAGUCACGAAGAGAAAGGCGAAAAGAAGCUCGGUUGGAGAAGAAUACAAGAAAGCAUCAACUCUGGCUCCAACAUCAGAAGGAUCAAAGGCUUACGAAGAAUGUUGAGAAAUCAAAGUCAAAAGCUGUGAACAAAGUGAAAAACUCAUUUGAUCAGAAGGUAAACAAGAGACAUCUUUUGCAAUCAGAUACUAGCAUUGACAAACAGAGCCCGAAGCAAUCUGAUAUUAAGGAAGCUGAGGCUGAAUUGGAGUCUCCAGGACGUCACGAUUCUGUUUCAUCAGAAAAGGUGGAGAAGAAAAGAAGUAAGAUAAGAAAUGUUAAAACGGGUUUUGAGAAGUUUCUUGAAAUGGAUAUGCGGAGUGCUGUAAUAUCUGCUGAGGAGGAUUUGGAAUUGGAAAGGAAAUUAGCAAAGAAACUCAAGGUGAAAAAGGGUAAAUUAAGGGGAGAGGAUCAUGGCAUGAACAUGUUGUUUGAAGGAAUUCCUUCUCUUCUUGAUUCAGUAGAGGAAGAAAAACUUACAGAUACUGAGGAAGUGGCCGUUGUGAACUAUGAGAAGAGAUUUUCAGGUAAGAAACUUAAAAGGCAAAAACUGUCGGAGCAAGGGCUAAAAGAUGAAAUGCCUGAAGACUCAAUGGUUGAAGCAUGUGAACCAUUAGGGACACUUUCUGUGGUAAAGUCAGAAGAAAUAUCUGCUAAGCUGUCCUCGAGGAAUAAAAAUAAAAAACGUAACAAGGAAAAACCAUCACAGCAAGGGCUCGAAGGUGAGAUACCUGGUGACUCAACGGUUGAAGUACAGGAACCAUUAGAACCAUGUUCUGAGGCAAAAUCAGACGAAGUAUCUGGUAAGGUGUCUUCAAGGAACAAAAGUAAGAAAAGAAAGUUGUUGGACAGAGGAGAAGAAGGCAAUAAAUCUGAUGACUCAACCAUGGACGUAUCUGAGCCAGUGGUGUCAUAUGGCGCAGAGGUGGCAUCAAAAGCAGUACUUGGCAAUGCACCUGGUAAAUAUAUAGCUCCUCACUUGAGAUCUCUUGCUGGGAAUGAGUCAAGUGAAUAUACUCAAAUUCGUAGACAGGUACGUCGACUUUUGAAUAAGAUGACUGAAUCCAAUAUCGGAUCAACUACUGGAGAAAUUUCCAUUACAUUUCGUUCCAUUGCUCGAAGUAUAGCUUCUCAAAUAAUCAGUGAGGAGGUUUUGGCCUCUUGUUCUGGUGGUCCUCGUGGCAAUGAACAAUAUGCUGCCAUGUUUUCUGCUUUCGUUGCUGGCAUGGCCUGCUCGGUUGGAGUUGACUUCAGUGCAAAUGUUAUGGUGUCCUUAGCUAAAACUUUUGAGGACAAGUACCUCAAAAAAGACGAUCUCGCCUUGCGGAACAUUACUCUGCUGUUAUCAUAUUUAUAUAUAAUUGGAAUAUGCUCAAGUGAUUUGAUAUAUGACUUCAUGAUGAUGUUGAGCAAGCGUCUUACGGAGAUAGAUGUCUCUACAAUCUAUACAGUUUUAGAAUGCUGUGGGAUGAAAAUAAGGGCCGAUGAUCCUCUUGCCAUGAAAAAUUUUAUUCAGAGUGUCCAGAAUAGAGUGAAUGAGUUAAAGGCCUCAUCUGGAGUGGGCCAGGCAUUUCUAAACAACAAAAGAAUGGAAUACAUGCUUGAAAUUAUAUAUGACAUCAAGAACAACAAGAAAAAGCCUAAAGAGGAUCCUUCACAGCUUAAACGGUUUAAAAAAUGGCUACAGAAGUUAGGGGCAGAAAAUAUACUACUGAGAGGUCUCAAGUGGAGCAAGCUGCUUGAUCCUGAUAAGAAGGGACAAUGGUGGUUGUCUGUGGAAUUGGAUUCGACAAAAGAAAAUGUUGAAGAGGUCGCUGGCAUGAUAGACAAAGAGGUUCUUGAAACUCAGACAAUGCUGCAACUUGCUGCCAAGCAAAGGAUGAACACAGAUGCAAGGAGGGCAAUCUUUUGUAUAAUUAUGAGUGGAGAGGACUACAUUGAUGCAUUUGAGAAGCUUCUGAGGUUGGAUUUACCAGGAAAGCAGGACAGAGAGAUCAUGCGGGUUCUUGUGGAGUGCUGCUUACAAGAGAAAGUUUUUAACAAGUACUACACUGUUCUGGCUUCAAAAUUGUGCGAGCAUGAAAAAAAUCAUAAGUUCACUUUACAGUUUUGCCUUUGGGACCAUUUUAAAGAGCUAGAGUCAAUGGAGCUUAUAAGGUCCAUGCACCUUGCAAAAUUUGUAGCAGAGAUGGUAUCGUCUUUCACCCUCUCCCUUGCAGUUUUGAAGGCCGUAGAUUUGAAUGACAUCAGACAGCUAACUCCGAAAAGGAUAAUGCAUUUCCGAAUGUUAUUUGAGGCUAUCUUUGAGCAUCGCGAAAGUCUCAUAUGGAACAUAUUUACUCGUGUAGCUGUAGCUCCUGAGCUAGAAAGUCUUCGACAUGGGAUUGAAUUCUUUAUCAAGGGGUAUGUUGUCAAAACAAAUAAUGCAGUAAAAGAAAAAUUUAAGGUUGUAAAGAAAGCCCUUAACAAUACAGAAGGAGUUCUUAUGUGAGGUUAUAAACUGCAUCGAGGAAAAGCCAUAUUUGGUAGUGUAUUUUGUUGGAGUCACUUCCAAAAUUGGCCAGAUUUUGUAAUUUCUUUUCUUAGGUUUGUUAUCAAAAUAGCUAUUCAAAAUGUAAUUUGGUAUACUGAGUUAUUCAAGUGUAUAGAAUGGGCAAAAGGGAUUUUGGUCACUUGUAAAUUCCCUUUGGUCGAAGGAUUUUGGUCUA